GCCUGUGUCGAUGGACACGGUGUGCUGAUGUUUGGUUGUAGUCUGAGUUAGUAACGGUAGGAGCGACUGGGACAAUACUCUUAAUGCUGGAUUAAACUGGGUUUAAAAGCCAGGGUUUGACAUCGAUGGAAUAUAUUUUAUCGCUUUGAUAUACGCAGCCUCAGGUAAGUUGUUUUAAAAUGCCUUUGCUUGGGAAGAUCGUGGUGAUCAAGAGAAAUGGAGGAGAUGGUACUGAAUUUCCACUCACGGCGUCCUGUUUGUUCGGAAGGAAACUGGACUGUGAUAUUAGGAUUCAGCUGCCACAUGUGUCUAAAGAGCACUGUAAAAUUGAGCUGAAUGAGAACAAGGAGCUCAUUUUGACCAAUUUGAGCUCUGUGAACCCCACCUGUAUUAACGGACAAGUUCUUAAUCAAUCAGAACGUUUAAAGCAUGGUGAUGUCAUCACAAUCAUUGAUCGUUCUUUCAGGUUCGAGUACCCACCCCCUAAGACACCAAAGAAGCAGCUGUCCACACCUGGAAAAGAAAAAGCAGUUCAGGCUUUGCAAGAGCAGCAGGAAAAAGGCACACCUGUUCUUGUGGACAAGAGGAAGUCAGAGCACUCGUUUGACACUUGUUUAAAAGAUGGGUCAAAUUUGCCACCAUCUGUGGAACAAACUGUUGAAACUGAACCAGAAGGCGGCAAACUCAAAAAGGACAGUAUGUCACCUUUUUGUGAGCUGUACCAAAUGGUCAAACAGGACCUUACUGCAAAAUCACCAUGGAAGUCAGAGCUACCAAAAACACCUCUUGCAAGACCUCAGGUUGGUCACAAGAAAGUUCUUGCCGCAGAUGUUAAAAGCAGUCCGAUACCAGUCCCAACCCUAUCUACCAAGAAGCGAAGAUCCUCAAAAGCCAAUUUUGAAUAUACGACUGGACCAGCUAUCCCUCAGAGUUCAAUGAAUGCAAAUGUGAAGGAAAAAGCCACUGACGAUAUGCCAUCUGUAGGGUCCAGUACACCCACACUGAUGGAGAAAAAUGUAACUCCUGUCUCCCAGAAGAAGAAAACCCCUUCGAAAACACCUCAGAAGUUCACUGCUGGUGAGGUAGCCCAGCAGGUUCUCUUAGUUCCACAGCCUGAAGAGAGAACUCCUAAAUCCCCAAAAGGAAGGAGAAGUGGUGGAUUAGAGAAUCGGAGCCUUGCUCAUCAAAUACCUCCGGCCCAGCCUCAGACUCCAAGUUCUGAGGAUAAAAACACUGAAGUGAAAAUGUCACCAAGAACAUCUCCGAGAGCAAAUGCUGGCAAAAGGUUUCAAGUCCAAAAUGUCCUGCCUGAAAUUACAGCUAGCACGUCAGCUAUUAAGCAAGAUGACACUUCGGUUAACAAGCAAUGUGACGGUGUUAAAUCUGGAAAAGUAUCCAUUCCAAAAUCAAAGAAAAAGCGAGUGUCCUUUGGUGGUCAGUUAAGCCCAGAGCUGUUUGAUAAACGCCUGCCUCCAAAUUCCCCUCUUCAGCGUGGAGCAACCCCACGACGCAGUUUGGGUCUUUGCCAAAAACCACAAUCUCUUCUACGACGAGCAUCCACCAUGGGUCUUAUGGCCCUUCGACUUGCAGAAACCUUUCCGGAGGCUCAAAAGAGUUCCCCAACAAGAGCAUCACCCAAACAAAGGGCAUCUCCAGCGAAAACUCCGUCACCUGGUAAAAAAUCACCAAGUGCAAAGGCUAAAACUCCAUCUCCUGCAAAAAGGUCACCGAGUACCAAAGCUAAAACUCCAUCACCUAAACUUCAAAAGUCACCAUCUGCUAAGCGAGCUUCAGCGUCAGCAAUUGAGGUUGUGGGUGACAUGUCUAUAAAUGAGACACCUAGGGUACAAGGGCGAUUUUCAGUUUCUCGUAUUAGUACUCCAUCACCUAUCCAGGACCAGGGGGACAAGCCCGAACCACAGUCAAGCAUUGUAGAAGACGUGCCCCAGAAAUGUGUAACACCAAAGAUACCUUUAAGGAGGAAGAGCAUGAAGUCCUCCGCAAGAAAAACACCCAAAAGUGCAAUUAAAAGUGCAUUAGAUGUCAUGCGUUCGAGACGCAGUGGAGCAUCACGGGCUAAUCUCAGAGUGUUGACCUCUUGGGCUGAUAUUGUGAAGUUUGGUCAGAUUAAACCUCAACCUGAAGUUAUAACCAAGAAAAAAACUACGAAGAGCAGUAUAGUGAAGAGAACUGCAGUGCCAAAACCCAAGACACCUGCAAGGAGGCUGAAAGAUGACGUCAGCACUGGGCAUGCAGCAUCACCAAUCACCGUUGUUGUUGGCAAAGCCCAACUGAGGACUAACCAGUCUGUUGGUGCUGCACCUAAAAUAGUGCCAAACAUAGCACUAUUUAAGAAAGACAUGAAAAUGGAUGAGGACUUGACAGGUGUUGCAGAGAUUUUCAAAACACCAGCCAACAUCAGGUCUAUGAAUAGAGUUCCUGUGAAUAACGAAUGUCCAGAUAUUCCUCUAGAUGAGAUUUCUGUGAUGAAAACACCAGAAGAAUCAGGUGAGAUGAUUGUGUCACCGUUAAGUGUGGUCUCAACUGCCAAACGUGGUUGCUACAACAAUGAAGCAGUGACACGACUUUUUCUGGAGAACCAGGAUGGUAGCUUGUUGGAAGAUGAAGGUCUUUCUCAGCUCCCUCAAAACUCAAAUGAGGCAAAUUGUCAUGACAUAAUUCCAAAUGUAGAGAUGCCAUCUGAUGUAGAAAUGGAGGAAGAGGAGGCUGCACCUGAAGCAGAAGUCAAAACCCCCCAACAGAAAGCUGCACCAUCCUCGUGCCUCACUGGAGUCAAGCGAAUCAUGAAGACACCUAAACAGAAAGCUGAACCAAUUGAGGACUUAAGAGGAAAACUGCUUAAGACCCCCAAGGAAUGUAAACCUUCUCAGGAUCAAAGUCUAGAAGGUGUUAAAGAACUUCUGAAGACUCCCAAAUACAGGGGAGCUCCAGUAGAAGACAUGGUUGGGGUGAAAAGAGUGAUGCAGACCCUAAAAGAGAAGAACAAUCCUGUACUCUGCGCAGCUGGUCUACAGAGGCUUAUGAGAACACCCAUAGAAAAAACUGAGCAACACGAAGACCUGACUGGUGUAAAAGAACUGAUGAAAACACCAAAAAUAAAGGGAGCUAUGGUGGAGAAUAAGUUGGGGCUAAAACGUUUGGUGAAGACGCCUAAGCAGAAGAGAAAUCAAGUUGAAGAGGACCUAACAGGUGUUCAACAUCUGAUGAAGACCCCUAAACACAAAGGAGAACCAGUUGAAGAUCAAAUGGGUGUACAAAGGCUGAUGCAGACUCCCAAAGAGAAAGUUGAACCUGUAGAAGACUUCUCUGGUUUAAAGCAGUUAAUGCAGACUCCCAAGCAAAAAGGAGAUCCUGUUAGCAGUCAGCUUGGUAUCGGUGACCUGAUGAAGACCCCUGAAGAAAUUGAAGUAGUGGCACAGGAUUCAACUGGGCUUAAAGAACUGGAAACAGAGAAGAGCUCUUAUCUGACAACUGAAAGUAAAGUGACUGAGCUUACUGAGACACAAGAACCAGUGGAAAUUGUCUCUGCAUUCACGCCAGUUGAAGGUUUGGAUGAGGAAUGUGACAAAGAAAAUGUUUGUCCAGUUGAAACCCUGGAGACUGAAGUUGUAAAAUCUGUGGAUCUCCAGUGCAUGAAAGAGGUUGAAUCUAAUCAGAGCGAUCAAGACGUUGAGACUGUAAUUUCCCAGGAAGUACACCAUGAAGAGUCAGUUUCGGUUGAAUCUACUGAUGCAUUUUCUUCUGGGGCAGAUGAGAAAACCCAGGAGCAGUCAGAAGAACCUGGUUGUGUAUCUGAUAAUACCAACACACCAGUUGAAACUACCUCAGCUUCAUCCACUGCUGAGCAAGAAGAGCUAAUCAAAUCUCCACCUGCAAACAAAAUUCAGCGUGGCACUCGAGGAAGAGCAGCACAGAAAUCCAAAAACGAAAUGGCCAAAGCGCCUGCUGUGUUGGCAUUAAUUGAAGAGGAAAAUAUGAGUAGUCCCAUUCCUGCUAGCCCUACCAGGGGAAGAAGAGGCAAGAAACUUCUUGAAGUUCCAGAAAUGGCUGCUAGCCCAGUCAGAAAAUCAGCCCGUGGUAGAGUUCCCAAGCACAGCUUUGUGGAAGAAGAGGUAAAGAAUACUGAGGCUUCCCAAGUACUUGCAGAGUCCAUAAAUACUGCGAUACCAGACAGCCUGCCUGUCGUCACCAAAACCAGGAAAGGAAGGAAAGCUAAACAAGAUGAUACUGUUGCUGCAGUUGUGCCCACUAUUGAUGCAAGUGCUGUUGACCCACAGUGUGCCAAUGCCAGGGAAGAGCAGGUUCAAGCUCCUGUUGUGAAGCCUGGGAGGAGAAAGAAGGUGGACAAAGUAGAAAGCCAGCCUUCAGAAGAACUUGAACAGAAACCAACUGAAAUUGUUUUUGAAGAAAAUGCUGUUGAACCAGGUGAUGUCAAGUUGACUUCACUAGGUACUGAGGCUGUCUCUGCAACUAGAGCGAGGAGAGGUAGACUAGCAAAGAGGGAACACUUGAAAACCAAGCCAACCCCUGGUUUGGAAAACGAAAUUUCAAGCACUUCUGCUCUUGUAGUGGCUGAGAAGCCACUGACCCCUGUGGCAAAGUCAGGGCGGGGAAGGAAAGGUAAAAAAGAAAUUGUCAUGGAUGAGCCAUUGGAGGAUGAUUCUACUGUCGUUUCCAGAGCUGUGUCAGAGGUAGAUGUUGACCAUAAAGAGGACCCUCAAACACUUGUGAAGUCUGGCAGAGGAAGAAAGGCCAAACAACAGAAACCAGAAACAGCUGAAGAGGUUGUUGACCAACCUGCUGUAGACACCAGCACACAUUUACCUGUGACUGAAGAACACACUGAAACGGUGGCAAAAUCUGUGAGGGGGAACAGGAAGACAAAGCAGUCAAAGGUAACCAUUUCAGUUGAGAUUGAGGAGAACAUUGUCAGCCCUGUUGAACAAGCAGAGACCCCUGUUGUGAAAUCUGGUCGAAAAAGGGCAAUUAUUGCAAAGGAAUCUGAAACGGUGGCAGAUGUUUCUGUCAAAAGAGGCCGGCGGGCUGUUGCAGACCCUGCACCAUCAGUCGCUGUGGUGUCCAGCCGUGCACGUAAAGCAGUUGUCAAGGCAGAGACUGAGGUUACUGAGGAUGUGGCUUUAUCAGAAGAGCCAGUUAAGCCUGUUAAACAUACCAGGAGAACGGCAAAAGCACCUAAUUCAAAGAAAGAAGAAAAUACCAUGAGUCAAGCAGAUUCUGAACUUGUUGCUGUUGAAAAUACAACAGUUGUUGCACUGGAGAAAGUGGAAAGAGGAAGCCGUGGCAAAAAACAGAAGGAUUCGACUAAGGACAUCCCUAAAAACCCAAUCAAAGAAUCUGCUACAGCUGAGGAAACAAAUGAUAUGAAACCCUCAAAAAUGGUUAACUGGAGCACAGAUUUGGUCGUCUGUAAAGAUAUUGAAAACUGUACAGAUGUAAAAGAACCACCGCUGAAGAAAUCCAAAAGAUCAGGUAAAUUACCAGCUGAGACAGCUUCCACAGAAUCUAAUCAAGCAGCUGAUCUGCCACCUAGAGGACGCAGAGGGAGGGGAGCAAAAAAAGAAGAACCUCCUGUUGAAGACUCUCAAGAUGCAGCUCAUGAAAAGGUCAAGCCAUUGAGAAGAGGAAAGGCAGUGGCUCCCUCUGCACCUAAAUCAGAGGUCACAGAGAGCAAGACAUCGACUCCCCUCAAAAGGAAACGGAUUGAGGUGCCGGAUGAGUCCGUAAAUAAAGAACCUUUGCCGAAGAGAAGAGGCAGAGUAGCCAACAGCGCUGAAGUUACAGCAGAGGUCUCCAGCAAAGACAAAACAUCUGCAGCUGAACCAGAAAAGGCUGAGCCAACUCCCAAGAAAACUGCUAAUCGAGCUGCAAGAGGACAGAAAAGGACAGCCCAGGAACCAGAUCCAGCACCUGCUAAGGCUCAAGAGUCUGUUUCAGGAACCACCACUCGAAAAGGAAGGAGUGUGAAAAAAGUAGAGGAAAUAGACGUCCCUACAGAGGCAGCUCCCCUCAGACGCACCAGGAGGAAGUAAAGCACUGAUCUUACAGAGUGGUCUUAAUUAUCUAUUCUCUGUAAUCUCUUAAAGGUUGUUUUUAUAUGUUUGUACUAUUUCAUUAUGCCCUUUUCUAUUUUUUUUCAGUGUAAUUUUAGCUGCUUUUAACUUAGGGAAACUGUUUGUGUACAUUUCAGAUGUUUAUUCUCUUAAACUGAGUAAAUGGGCAUUGAGAGAUGCAUACUUUUUUACUUCAAGAAAAUGUUUAAAGAAUUUCUACUUUUGGACUGUUAAAAUUGCUCAAAAACAUUUCUAUAUUCCCUUCCUUUUGUGUUUUUAUUUUAAUUUUAUUAAAAGAAUAAAAUAAGUCAGAGGUGCAAAAUCAUCAGGCUUAAUUGGUCACCGUUCUUAAAACCCAAGAGUGUGUAAUUUGCUGUAGUGUACAUGUGUCAUGCUUGGAAGUUUUCAUUAAAAAGAUUUUUGUCACCUCA